AUGAGAAGGAGAAAACUAUACAUUUUAGACGAAGUGCUGGAUGUUACACUACUUUUAUUUAAAAAUGUAGUAAACGCAAAAAAAAUUUUAGAGAUUUACAAUAAACAAAUAGAUACCCAUCAAAAUAGCAUAAGCCAUUUCUUUCUUUUGCUAGAUAGCCGCCUGGUUUUCAAUGAAAGUCAUAUAUUGCACAGCAUUUAUAGAGGAUAUCAUAAUUUUUUAACCAAAAAAAGAAUAACAAAAAACAUCAUUUUAGAAAUAUACUUUUUGCUGUCACCGCAUGAAAAUAUAAACGGAUGCUUAAAGCAGUACCAAAUAAAGGACGACUCUUCUUCCAUAAUUUAUGUUGGUGUUAACGUUACCAAUGAUGAGAUAAGCACACUUGACAAACAAAUACAAGGGGAAGAAGUGGACUUUGACGAAAUUUCACUAUUACAUGAUCACAGAAAAAUUCUGGAAAAUUUCAAAUGCUCAGACAGUAGCAACUUAGAGAGAUAUGUUUAUCACAACAUCGCGUCCAAGAAGAUUAACUUGAGUUAA